AUGAAGGUUGCUGUCAUCGGCGGUGGCCCAGCUGGCCUGGCCACUCUCAAGUUCCUCUCUGAGGCUCAUGAGUAUUACCCCAUUCCCCCUAUCGAGGUCCGCCUCUUCGAAGCCGAAGCCAAGAUUGGUGGCACUUUCGCCUAUCGCGUCUACGAAGAUGCCGAGCUUGUAUCGUCCAAGUAUCUGACUGCCUUCUCCGAUUUCCGUCUCCCCAAAGAUGCCCCUGACUUCGUGACCCCACAGGUUUAUGUCAAGUAUCUCAAGGACUAUGCCACUCACUUCAAGCUCUGGCCCAAGAUCAAGUGCAACACCAAGGUUAACAAGGUCAGCCGUGGAGAAGGCAACUCUGGCCACAUCCUCGAAUUGACUCAGAAGUCCGCUACCUCUCAGUGGGGGUGUGACGCUGUUGCUGUAUGCAGUGGCAUCAAUGUCAACCCAGUCAUGCCACACAUCGAAGGCAUCGAGCGAGUUGGUACAGUCCUCCACUCAUCUAGUCUCAAGACUCGAGCCCAGUUUGGCGAAAACACCAAUGUUUACAUCAUGGGUGCUGGUGAAACUGGUAUGGAUCUCGCGUAUCUUGCUGUCACCUCGGCCGCCAAGACCGUCACCCUUUGUCAUCGUGAUGGCUUCUUCUGCGCACCCAAGAUCAUUCCGGUUCCUCAAGUCAGGGACCGUGCAGUUACUACUGAUAUCCCUAACAAGCCCGUGGACACUUCAGUUGCAAGCUUGUUCGACACUGCCUAUGUUCACCCGAAGCUUCAGAAGAGCCAGCUGCUUUGGAACUACUACGACACUUGGAUCAAGAAGAUGCACACUCUUAUCUCGGGUACCGAAGAAGGACCUGACCAGUGGGUUGGACAAAUGAGCGCCUCCCGCAAGCACGUCGACUCAAUUCUUCUCUGCAAGAGCGACAAGGCUCUGCCUUACAUGAACGUUGGCAAGCGAUCCGAUUCCUGGUUCAACCGCGUACGAUCCUCAUACAUGAAUGUCAAGAUCAAGGACACUGAGGGCAAGAAGAUCGAUGUUGUGAGCUGGCCUACCAAUAUUGGCUCCGAUGGCUCGAUGCAGUUCGACAAGAUGCUGCCAAGCGACUCGGUCCUCUCCGACGAACAGCUCAAGCCUGAUGUUUUGGUUUUUGCUACCGGAUACACCCGUGAGUUCUCUUUCUUGGGAAAUGAAUAUCCCACUGUCUCGCAGGCCAACGUACGAGGCAUCUACAAGGAAGGAGACGUGACAAUCGGUUAUAUUGGAUUCAUUCGCCCCGCUAUCGGUGCUAUCCCUCCCCUCGCUGAACUCCAGGCUCAGCUCUGGGUUCUUCGUCUGCUCCAGGACCGCUUUCCCACGGCAGUACCCUCCGCUCGCGAUUCUGACGCUCUUGACGCAUACGAACUUGACUACCAGCUUCACGCCCGCGGCAACUACAGCUUCUGGGACACCAAGCGAGCUGUCGAUCAUGAGAGCUAUGCCUACCAGCUUGCACUCGACAUGGGCUCUGCUCCCCGCGCCUGGACUGUCAUGAAGGAAGGCUUCAAGGUCUUUUACACCUGGGCCAUGGGAUCUAACUUCAACACCAAGUUCCGAAUGGUCGGUCCCUGGAAGUGGAACGAAGGUGCAGAAUCCAUCAUGCGCAAUGAAUUGUUCAAAGUCGUCAAGCGCUCCGGAGGUUUUGUCUAUCUUACAACCUAUACCCUCGUACCCUUCUUCAUUUUUGGUACUAUGAGCAUGGCCCUCUAUGCUUGGUACGCUAUCUGCGAUCUUUUUGCAUCCUGCUUCGGACGACGUUCUGAGGCUGGUCUCAGAGGGACCAGCGAGUAA